AUGAUAAUUUUGAUAGGGUUUUUGGGGAUCCUAACUCUUGCAAAGAUUGUGCCUAGGCCUAGCAAGGGCUCGUAUAUAUCUUUUCAAGUCCCUACGCAAAAUCUUGAUUAUUUGCUCCUUAUUUCUAUUGAUAAAAUUGACGGCUCUCCAAGUUUGCUGAUUCUUUCUCAAUCUGGGGCUUUUUCUGCUAUUGAAAAUGCAAUAAAAAAUGGCAUCCAAUUAUUAUUGACAAACUACUAUAAGCAGUCUCUAGUUUUAUAUAUCGUUCUACCGAACUCUUCACCUUAAAUAGCAGAUGGGGACUUAUUGUUUAGCAGUCUCCAAGGGUUUAUCCACUUUGCGACAUUUCCUUCCAGGUACUUGAUCGGUUGAAGCGAUUUCCAGCGAGAAAAGUAUCAAUGCUGCCUUCCUUUUUAUUCUGCUCCUGACGCUAUGGAAACUUCUGGGGUGUUGUGCGCUGAGAACGCUUUAUCCUUGUCUUUUCGGCUUUAGUAUUGAGUAGCGGACUAUGGACUUCUGCAGACCUGAAUCGGGCGAUUGGAAAGUAACUCGGUCCAGGGAGUAAACCUGAAGUCUAGCCUGUGGAGAAUGCCAUCAGCUACAGGAAAAAGGCUUAAUAACUGGCCAGGCCCACAACUCCUGGUACCGCCGCGAUAAUUUCCACCUUCGGCUCCCAUAAGAGUAAAACAAAACCUCGGAUAUGCAUGAGUACAUAUUAGAACUGAAUUUCGACAGGCUUCUUACCCAACUCGCCUUGGUCAUAAGGAUGAGAACUUGCGUCAAGAAGUCAAGUCGGUUAGGCCGCCAAUUUUCUGUAUCAUCUCUACUGAACUCUGUAGCAAACAUGGCAGGAAAUGAUGUAUCUUGCGAUGCAAUAAAUUGAUUUGCUUUAAAUAAUAAUGGUUUAUGCCUCGUACUCUUAAUUUGAAAAGGUGCUAAUAAAUGUCAGCUAUUCAAUUCAGCCUAAAAAAGCAUAUACCGUGGCAAUUAGAUUGAGCAGAAUCCUUUAAUGUUUUGCCUAGUAAUAUUUCAUAGUAGAUUUUAAUAGAUAAAGUAUAUGAUAUGUUGAAAUUAUAAAAAGCAGUGAGAACGAAAUUGGAUUUAAUUUAGAAUUAAUUUGGGAUGACUCCGAUAAGAGUUAUUCUCAAUGCUUAAAUAGUGGCUGAUGCGAAAGCUCUUGAUGUAUUUGCAAAUCCUCAAAUUAUGGACAGCUAAGUUCAAUUGAUCAAUUCCAUAUUGACUCAAAUUCGCAGCUUGAGAUAAAAUCUGAAGCCAAUGAGUGGCAAUUUUACUAUAUAGCUUGCUCCCUGCUAUAGAUUUCAUUGAUAGUAGAGUCACGAAGCAACUCAGAGAGUUGACUCACAAGCUAAAAUUGGCAAGUCAAUACAAAUUUCUCACUGAGAUUUGACUCAUUCAAUCUGAGUUUAUGAGUAAUCUCUCUGUGCUUCUUCGUCGCUCUACUCCUUUUAAUACUAUAGCAAGGAAUACAUUAUAUACAUAUGAAAGAAAACCAUAAUAUGCUAGAUUUCACGUUUUCCUCAAUUUCAGGACUCACAAAAAUAUAUGUUAUUGAGAAAAGUGACUAUAGCUCACCAGUCACAAUAUUUUUAUAUGAAGAAAUAAUAGUUGCUUAUGCUAGAAAGCUUAUAUAUUUAAUAGAGCUUUCAAAAUCUGGCAAUGGCUUAAUAAUUAUCGGAUUUCACUGUCAAAGUCCAGUAGAUUGUAUAGGAAAUUUGAAUUUGACGUCUUAUUACGAGCAGGGUUCGUCUCACUCCCAGCCUAACCAAGCCAUCCCAAUCUCAAUGUUUAUUUUUGCAUGUUUUUGUCUGCCUAUUGUCCUAUGUGCAUUAUUGAGGCUAAAGAACUAUAUAAAAAACCGCGGAUCAGCUUGAAAAGAAAUAGAAAGAAACUGCAAAAUGACAAAAUGGGCAAGCACCGAUGACUCAAAUGCGCCACUAUGUGUAAUCUGUCUAGAGGAAUUUGUAAAAGAAUGCAGAGUCAAAGCCUUGCCAUGCCAGCAUAUUUUUCAUACUCAGUGCAUUGACCCAUGGGUAAAAAAGAAAGUCGCGUGCCCCAUCUGUAAACGGACUAUUAAAGCAAGUUAA